CAGCCGCCCACAGCGGGUUUCGGCACCGAUAGCCGCUGGCGCCGGGACCCCAAAGGAUCUGACUUUGACAUCUCGAAGCGGCAACACACACCUCUUCAUGUUAUUGGUAUGAAUAGGUCACACAAGCCACACCAAAUUUCAAUAUUUCAGACAACAACACCAUGAUGAACAGUAACGGGUCAGCCGGGGAAGACACACCUCUCCUAUCUUCCACACCCAAUCGCAAACCUCACCGUCUCGGGUCACGAUGGCAUCAGCAUUUGGCAGCCAAAGUCUCGCGGAAUUGGGCUGACUGCGUCUUGAUCCUGUGUUAUCUCAUCACGGGUUUACUUGAUAGCGCGUCCAUCUCAGUAUGGGGCUCUUUCGUGUCGAUGCAAACGGGCAACACCGUCUACCUCGGGCUCGGCCUCGCAGAACCGGACGCCUCAACGCGUUGGAUCAAGUCAGGCGUGUCACUACUAGCCUUUUGUGUCGGUUCAUUCCUCUUCAGCCGCUUCCACCGGCGCUUCUCACCAAAACGGCGCUGGGUGUUGGCGGCAUCGUUUACCGCGCAGGCGGCCCUAACCACCAUUGCCGCAGGGCUGGUCACGUCGGCCGGCCCGCCCACCAACCCGCAGGACGUCGGCUGGCCGGUGCUCGUGCCCAUCGCCCUGGUCGCCUUCCAGAGCUGCGGCCAGGCCGUCGUCAGCCGCGCCCUCGACUACAACACGCUCACCAGCGUGGUGCUGACCAGUAUCUACUGUGAUCUGUUCUCCGAUGCCGAAUUGUUCAAGUUGAGGAAUGUGGAGCGGAACCGCAGGACUGGCGCGCCGCUUUGCUUGUUGCUUGGCGCGUUUGUUGGGGGGCAGUUUGCUGAUAGCUCGUGGGGAGUUGCUGGCGCGUUGUGGGCUGCGUCGAUCCUGAAGGCUGGAGUCGUGGUGGUGUGGUUGCUCUGGCCGGCUGAAGAGAGUGGGGAGGAGAGCUGAGAUCAAGGCGUAAGGUAAUGAAUGGUUCACAAGAAUUGGGGCAUGCUGAUCACCCGUCCAACAAUACUCCAACCAGCACCCGCCUCCCCGAGCCCAGUAC